UCUCUGGAUGGAGCUGGAGCCUCUGCCAGAUUCCAAAGCCGAGAGGGAGGAAGAAGAAGGACCUGCUUCUCUUCCCCUCUGCCCUCCAGUCUCGCCAGUGCCCCCAGGUGGCCUGCUGCACCUGAAAACUAGUUCGCAAGAGAGCCUGGGAAACGCAGCCAGCUGGAGUCAGCACUCAGUGAUGCAGAAAAGACCUGGAAAAGAGCAAGGAUUUGGUCCCAGCCGGCACACCAGCCCAGUGGGCAACAGGGCGGAAAAGGAGAGGCCACCUCGGGAAGGUGGACAUGGUGCCGACACGCAUUCUGCAGCUCUGUGAUUUUACAGGCCGGAGUACAGGAGCGGGAACACUUGGAUUCGAGGGCCCAGCAUAGCACCUACCCAGUCCGGCUCCGUCCCUCCCUUAGGAACCUGAUUCCAUGCUGCAGGAGGAAGUAGCAGGCCCAAGUUCACGUAUCCCAGCGCAUCUCAGUUUGGACUAGCCUCAUUUCACGUGCUCAGUAGCCACGUGUGGCCUGUGGACUUCGUAUUGAAGAGCGCAGUGAUGCACCAUGCCGAUAGUGGAUAAGCUGAAGGAAGCUCUGAAGCCUGGCCGCAAGGACUCGGCCGACGAUGGGGAACUGGGGAAGCUUCUGGCCUCCUCUGCCAAGAAGGUUCUUCUGCAGAAGAUCGAGUUUGAGCCGGCCAGCAAGAGUUUCUCCUACCAGCUGGAGUCCUUAAAGAGCAAAUACGUGUUGCUGAACCCUAAAACAGAGGGAGCUGGCUGCCACAAGAGUGGAGAUGAGCCGCAGGCCAGAAGACAGGGUACAGGCAGCGAGCAUGCGUACGAGAGCUGUGGUGACGGCGUCCCGGCCCCACAGAAAGUGCUCUUCCCCAUGGAGCGCCUGUGUCUGCGGUGGGAGCGGGUCUUCCGCGUGGGCGCGGGCCUGCACAACCUCGGCAACACCUGCUUCCUGAACUCCACCAUCCAGUGCUUGACCUACACGCCGCCGCUGGCCAACUACCUGCUCUCCAGGGAGCACGCUUCCAGCUGUCACCAGGGGAGCUUCUGCAUGCUGUGUGUCAUGCAGAACCACAUCGUCCAGGCCUUUGCCAACAGCGGCAACGCUAUCAAGCCCGUCUCCUUCAUCCGGGACCUGAAAAAGAUUGCCCGGCACUUCCGCUUCGGGAACCAGGAGGACGCGCACGAGUUCCUGCGGUACACCAUCGACGCGAUGCAGAAGGCCUGCCUGAACGGCUGUGCCAGGUUGGAUCGUCAAACACAGGCCACUACCCUGGUCCAUCAGAUUUUUGGAGGGUAUCUCAGAUCACGUGUGAAGUGCUCUGUGUGCAAGAGCGUCUCAGACACCUACGACCCCUACCUGGACAUCGCGCUGGAGAUCCGGCAAGCCGCAAACAUCGUGCGCGCUCUGGAACUGUUUGUGAAGCCGGACGCCCUGAGCGGGGAGAACGCCUACAUGUGCGCCAGGUGCAAGAAGAAGGUGCCAGCCAGCAAGCGCUUCACCGUUCACAGGGCGUCCAACGUCCUGACCCUCUCCCUCAAGCGCUUUGCCAACUUCAGCGGGGGGAAGAUCACCAAGGAUGUGGGCUAUCCGGAAUUCCUGAACAUCCGUCCGUACAUGUCCCAGAAUGCUGGCGAGCCUGUCAUGUACGGGCUCUACGCCGUCCUGGUCCACUCAGGCUACAGCUGCCACGCCGGGCACUACUACUGCUACGUGAAGGCGAGCAACGGACAGUGGUACCAGAUGAACGAUUCCUUGGUCCAUUCCAGCAACGUCAAGGUGGUUCUGAACCAGCAGGCCUAUGUGCUGUUCUACCUGCGAAUCCCAGGGUCCAAGAAGAGUCCAGAGGGCCCCAUCUCCAAAAUGGCCCCCUCCCUUCCCCGACGCCCGAGCCUGGCUCCAGAUCACACCAAGAAGAAUGUUGGCAACGGGACUGUUUCCUCCCUGCUCACGGGAAAGCGACAAGACUCGGUGACGCCGAAAAAGCUCCACACCACCGAGGAGAUCGGUGUGCCCGUGUCUAGGAAUGGCUCCGUUCCAGGCCCGAAGUCGCAGAACGGAUAUGUUCUUCCAAAGCCACCUGCGGGGUCCCCUUCCCCCAAGCCGUCCCAAACCCCGACGCACGCGCCGACCGUGCUGGAUGAUCCCGGAAAGAAGGUGAAGAAGUCGGCACCCGCACAGCACUUUUCCCCACCUCCCAAAACUUCUCAGGGGCCACCUGGUACCAGCACGUCGAGUAGCAGCAAGUGCGGGGGCCAAAGGCAGGGCUCCUGGGACGGCAGGGACGCCGCCCACUCUACCUCACCUAAGCUCCUGGCCAGAGCUGCCGCCAACGGGCACGGGCCGAAGGGGAGCGGCGGGAGCUCCGACCGCGAGAGGGGGCGUUCCAGCAGCUCCAGCCCGGAUCGCUCAGCCAGCAGUGACUCUGCCAAGGGCCCCCGGACCCCCAAGAGCGGAGCUGCCCCUCUCUGUGAUUCUCAGGAAACAAACGGUUCUGCCCCUGCUCACUGCAAAGCCCCACCAAACGGAGCGGAUCCCAAGGUGGCCAAGCCGAAGUCCCCCAUCCCGAGCGGCUCCGCCCCCGAGCCCGCGAGCACCAUGUCUCCCCCACCAGCCAAGAAGCUGGCGCUUUCUGCCAAGAAGGCCAGCACCCCGCGGAGGGCGACCGGCAGUGACCUCCGUGCACCUCCCCCCUCACCGUCCUCCGACCUCACCCACCCCACGAAAACCUCUCACCCCGUCGCUGCCUCUGCGUGGCCUGUCCGCGAAGCCAGGGCAGUGCCACCUGCUCCCCGACCACCCAGCUGUCCGCAGCCUCCCGCCGGCCCCACCUCCGCGUCACUGUCCAGCCGCCCCCAGCCCCCAGGGACGUCAGAGCCACGUAGCCACCCCUCCGCCUCGAGGGCCGUGCCUCAGGUCAACAGGGACUUCAUGUCCCUUCCACACCAGCUGCCAGAGGCCAGCGGGUCCCCCCAGAGCCCCUCUGAGAAGAGGAAGAAGGGCUGCACGGGGGAGCUCCAGGCGCCGGGCCCAGAGAUGCGCCUCCCACAGCACCCCGCGGGUGCCGCUGCCACUCCCGCUCCGCAUGGGAAGAGGAAAAAGAAGAAGAGGAAGCGCCUGGGGGACGCGGCCACAGCCGUCCCGCAGGAGGGGCAGACGCAGGGACGGCCUCGGAGCCCCGAGUGCAGGAAGAAGGGCCAGGCGGAGCUGCCUGCCGAGGGACCAGAGGACAAGGGCGCACGGCCACAGGCGAACGGCCAGCAGACGGGAUGCGCCGUGGGCGGCCGCCACGUGAGCAGCAGGAAGAGGAGGAAGAAGGGAGCGGAGGGACUCUGUGAAGAAGGUGGCCUGCACCAGGACCCACCUUGGCACAGCUGCUCUCCCACGGACAGCGGCGGUGAGCCUGAGCCCGUGGCAGAGUCUCCGAGGAAAAAGAAAAGGAAAAGAAGGAAGCUAGAGUCACAGCAGGAAGCAGAAGAGAACGAGCCUCCAGAAGGCCAGAGGAGUGCUGGGCCCUGUGACGCCUCGGCCCAGGAGCCGUCUGGGAGCUGCCAGCACCCUGGGGGCCGCGUGGGCGUGGGACAGGCUCCUCUUGUGUCCUGGAACAGAGAGCGAGAAGCCGACGUGGUCCAGGAAUUGCUCAAAUAUUCAUCCGACAAAGCCUACGGGAGAAAAGUUCUGACCUGGGAUGGCGAGGUGUCGGCGGUCAGUCGCGACGCCAUGGAGGACAGCAGGCUGGCCCGGGCCGAGACUGUGGUCGAUGAGUGGGACGAAGAGUUUGACCGGGGGAAGGAAAAGAAAAUCAGAAAAUGCAAGAGAGAGAAGAAAAGGAACUUCAACGCCUUCCAGAAGCUUCAGAGCAGACGGAACUUUUGGGCCGUGACUCACCCAGCCAAGGCUGCCAGCCUCAGCUACCGCCGCUGAGCGUGCUGCUGUCCAGCCUCCCGGAGACAAGGCAUCACUUCCUGGAUCUGAGGGCGCCGUCUGUGGGGACUCUGCUGUCCUGUCACCUCCAGGCCGCUGCGCUGUGAACCUGCCGUGGGGGCCUCUCCUGGCGCCCCUUUCUGCAGGUGACCCGAUGCAGAGGCGUUUGGGCCUCUUUGGUGGCAUUCAUGACAAACCCUGAAAGAGAAACCGCGGCCUGUGUGUCAGCAAAGAUGACAGCACACCUGUGGGACGUCCGGAACAGGCCGAACCUCCUUGUAUUCGUGGACAGUGGCGUCUGUACCAGCAGGGGUCUGUCUGCCCCGGGCCUGGGGCCGUCAGGGAGGGCGAGGGAGUUGUUCACACCUCCCAGGUGUCUCCCCGGCUCACAGGGCGACAGACGUGCGGUGGGUUGCUGCUCUUGGCGAGCGUCCCUUGCUUCUCGCGGCUGGUGCUGCCGUCUGAGCUGGGCCCUGCCCGUGUCGUGGGGGCCCCUGCCUGUGCGCCUUACCUGUCUGUCCUCGGGACGGGAGGGCCCCGAGGCCACCCCCACAUGGCCACCUCUCCUUUUUGUGGAAUCGGGGGGUGGCCCUACGGCGCACCUUCCCUGUAGGUGACCGGAGACUGGAGAGCAGGGCUGUGGGGCGGGCCGCAUCACCUGGGGACACAGCUGCGUCCGAGGCCGCUGUUCCCUGUGGGGCGUCUUUGCUGGAGCUUCCCUGGCCGCUGUGGUUAGCACGGGUCUCACUGAGGUGGGUUCUGGGGUAGAACUGGCCAUUUGUUUUACCACUUAACAGCAUAAAUCAUUUAUUUUCGGCCAGGCCUGCGGCUUCCAUUAGCAAUAAGUUUCGUCUCCCAUUGCGCAGUUGCUGGCUUUGUUUGCUCAAUUUUGUGAGUGCUUUUGAAUUGAGACGAUUGUAUGACUUGAAGAUUGUUUUUUAUCUUGCUCAAGCUGUGCCUGCAAACUCCUAAUUUAAUAAAUAUGGGAGGUCCUCAGCAAAGGUGGUAAUUUUCAAGAAGACAGACAAGUGGCCUAGUAGUAGCAGAAGGGGCAGAAGGCGGCAGAAGGUCUGAGCUUGCUCCACAGGGCGCACGUCCUUGUCCUGUCCCCCGGAGCCGUCACAGGUGGGGGGGGCACUCAUGCAGGACUUGGGCCCGCCUGUGGAGUGGCCGUUCUCGGCCAGACACUGUCUGACUUUCUGGCCUCUUCUGCGGCCCCCUCUUCGGUUGGAGUCGUUUCUGUUCAGCCCCCUGCUCGGGGCCCGGGUUCACGCGGGGGUAGAGAAAGGAGAACUGCUCUCUGUAUAUGAGGAGAUAUGUUCGUUUUUUGUUUGUUUUUUUUUUUUUUAUGUGGGUGGUUCUUUUUGGUUUUUUCUUCCUGUUUUUAUAUUUCUCUUUUUACAAAAGCUGGGAGAGCAUAGUGAUACCUGUGCCCGAGCUGGGCGGCAGCCUCUGGUCCCAGCAGCGGGUGACGGAGGGAGCCGUGGGCCUCCCCGAGGCCUGGCCUGAGCGUUCGGUGGCUCGUACGCCACCAUCGUGGGGGACGCAGCCACCUUCGGGGCAGGCCUUUCCUUUCCCCUCGAGGUGUUGACAUUCAUUCCUGCGUGAACUCUUGGCCCUGCCAUGUUUUUUCCGUGAUGUCCUGCAGUUGAAAACUUUAGUUGUCUGCCAGACCCGAUUUUGUCUCCUUUCUUUCUGUCCCUCCUCUCCUCCAGCUCGUCCUCUUCUUUCUCCACUAGAUAAUUAUAGAGCCUUUUCCUGAGGACACUGUAUGCGUUAUCUCUCGGGCAGUGGUGAGUGCUGGCCUGACCCUCUGCAGCAUUUAUCACUGUCACCGUCGAGUCCUCUCCUUCCACAGAAAGCCAUCGGCCAGAAGAGAAAGGACAAGGCCCAGAGAAUUAGUCCGAGCUCCAGGUGACAUGUACAUACGUAGAUAUAAAUAACUGAAGCCUUUAUACUAGCGGCCACCUGGGUGACUCAGGAUCUGGGUCUGAUAAACUUUGUGCUUGGAGGGAGCUGGAGGAGCCGGGGCCCUUGUGCGACGGCCGGCUCCCGGGGCUCGUGUCCCCGUGCUCACCUGUCCCUCGCCCUAGCCGUGUCGCCCGUGCACAUGCACAGGUGUCUGUGUCCCCAGGCACCGUGCCUCCUCUCCGGGGCCCGGGAGCCCCUCGUUGCCAAGGUCUUGGUGCAAUAAACAUUGUGCUUUUGUGAGUCC